UGGCCCUUGUCUUCUGUUGUUACACUUGUUCACCAAUGUACCGUUAACAGAAACAGUGGAUUUUAUAUGUGAAGAGAUUACUACACGAAACAUAGAUAUCGGGAUUUCUGUAACCACCUUGAAGGAACUUAUUUUAAGAUGUACAAUGAAUGUUCAUUUCUUAUUCAAUAAGGAAUAUUACAGACAAAUUGAUGGUGUGGCUAUGGGUUCCCCAUUAGGUCCAAUCCUAGCUGAUUUUUUCCUCGCUAAAUUAGAGAAUGGACCACUGAAAGGAGUAAUUAAUGACAUGGAUUUCUACUGUCGAUAUAUGGAUGAUACAUUUGUGGUUAUGAAAGAUGAGAAUGAUGCAAUGAACAUCCUUGACAAGUUUAAUGAUGCACAUUCAGCAAUAAACUUUACCAUAGAGAAAGAAAGUAAUGACAGUAUCUCAUUCCUAGACGUCUUCAUGGUAAGGAGAGAAGAUGGCACACUAAGAAGAAGUGUGUAUAGGAAGCCUACAACAACAGGUCAGUACACUCAUUUUUUGAGUUUUGUACCUUUGAAAUAUAAACGUAACCUCGUGAAGUGUCUGGCUCAUAGAGCUAGGUUAAUCUGUUCAGACGACUGCCUCAAUGAGGAGCUUAAGAUUAUUAGAGAAUUACUUAGAAAAAAUGGCUAUCCAGAUAAAUUCAUUGAGAAAAAUAUAAAUUCAGCUCCAAGGAGAGUCAGUAUGGCCACAGUCCCGAAAAAACCAAUGUUCAUAAAAUUGCAGUUCCUCGGUGACAACAUCAGCGAAUUAAUAACACAGCGCCUGAAGAAUGCAGUUAAAAGAACUUAUUAUGCAGCAGAGGUACGUUGUCUCUUUACAACCACACCUAUUUUAUGUUCGAGAAAUAAGGAUAAACUACCUAAAUUCGCCUCCUCUAUGUGUAUCUACCAGUUUGACUGCAGCUGCGGAGCCAGCUACAUUGGGCGUACAAUUAGGCAAGUUCAUCGUCGUAUUUCCGAACAUCAUCCAACGUGGUUAAGUAAGGGACAAAAAAGAUCUAUUCGUAGCUCUAUUUUAGCCCACCUCGUUGAUACUGAGCAUAAGAUUGAUGUUAAUACAGCAUUUAAAAUUAUUUAUCGCAUUCCAACUUAUCUUAAUUUUGCUUUGCGAGUUCGUCUUCUACAGACGGCUGAGGCGAUUGGCAUUCAUCUGAAGAAGCCAAGCCUAUGUGUACAGAAAAAAUUUGUACAGCCACUUUCCCUACCGUGGCCAUCGUCACAAGAAUGGAUAAACAGGACUGCGUCACCCCCCUCCCCCUAAACCUAUAAAAUUAUAUUUGUCUAAAUUAUUUAUUUUAUUUAUUUUGACCACUUUAUCUUUAAUUUACGUGUUAUUCUUGUAAAAUUAAUUUAUUCUAUCCAUUUCCACCUUUUAAAUCUGUAUUGAUUUUCUUCGUUAACUAUUAACCCAUUGACAUUUUGACACUGUUUAAUUAUUGUUAACAAACUUAUCGCCACUUGAUUGGCAAACUGUUGUAUUGUAAUUAAAAUGCUAUAUAUAUUAGAGUAGAGCCAAAGAUGAGGAUCUAAUUGAAAAGUAAAUAUUUCUUCGCUCAAUCUUUCUGUUUUCUAAAUGUCUAAAUGGGGAUUUUUUCUUUAUUGAAAAAAAAUUAUACACACAAGAAAUGUGAAUAAAAAGUAUCAAUAAUCGUAAAUUUGAAAAAAAACUUAUUUUCCCUUAUUCCAAUCGAUAGGAAAAAGAUUUAGGAGAGUUUGUUUUAAAGAGAGAAUGCAAUGAAAAGUUUCUCAGCAUAAGCUAUAUCAAAGUGUAGGGGAAACGCAAUAAGGGAUGUAAAGGGAAAUGCAGUAGUGAAUUACAAACAAUUAACAUUUUGAGAAUUGAAUAAACAAUUGUCAUACGUACUACGACUGAUACAACACAUUUAUUCUGUUUGAUGACCAUAUACAAUUCACACAGUGUGUGCGCAGUUUUGAGUCGGUGGCAUAGCUGUUAGUACGCUCAACGACCAUGCACAUGGUCCGGGGUU